AUGUCUAUGUUGGGUAAAAUGAAUUACUUUCUUGGACUACAAAUUGAUAAAUUAAAGAAUGACAUCUUCAUAAACCAAUCCAAGUAUUGCAAAGAAUUGUUGCAAAGGUUUGAUAAGGACAAUUGCAAAGAGAUGGAUACUCUAAUGGGUUCCAGAACAUAUGUAGAUCAAGAUAAAUCCGGUGUUUCCAUUGAUAUCACUAAAUAUCGAGCAAAUCCAAAGGAACCCCAUCUCACCUCCAUAAAGAGGAUCAUGAAGUAUCUAAAAGUAACAACAAAUAUUAGGUUAUGGUAUACAAAAGGUAGUAUAUGUGAUUUAGUUGGUUAUCCUGACUCGGAUUAUGAAGGUUGUAAAACUGAUAGAAAAAACACAACUGGAACUUGCCACAUCCUAGGAAAUGCAUUAGUUUCUUGGUCUUAUAAGAAACAAGCAUGUGUUGUUCUUAGCACCGCAGAAGCAGAAUACAUUGCAGCAGAGUAUAAUUACAAGAAGAAGACUAUAUGUUACAUUGAUGAAGUGGUUCAAGUUUGUCCUCCUCCACCACUGGUUCCACAACCAACCAAUCAAGAGCAAACUUCCAACCAAUAA